AUGGCUGGGGUAUAUGAGGACCAGGAGAUCUCCAACAAAUCGGCGAAUCAGUAUGUCACUCACGAUGUUGAAGACUAUGUGCCACCAACCACAGAUUUGCCGUCUUUCAGAGCUGGAAGUGCCGAUGAUGGGCACAUCGUUUCUCAGCAUGAGCAACAGAACCUGGUUCGAGGCUUAGGGCAGCGCCAUAUUCAGAUGAUUGCGAUCGCGGGUGCAAUCGGAACCGGUCUUUUUCUUGGUCUUGGUGGCUCCAUCGCUACGGGUGGCCCAUUGGGGGCACUUCUGGGCUAUGUUUUCGUCGGCUCGGUGGUCUGCGCCAUUCAAUUCGCCCUGGGUGAAGUUUCCGCCUUGCUUCCAGUAACCGGUUCUUUUGUUCGACACGCAGAGCUUCUUGUUGACCCGGCACUAUCGUUUGCUGUUGGUUGGAACGUUGUUUAUGGAUGUUUCAUCAGUGUGCCUAGUGAGAUCAGCGCUAGCGUGGCCUUGAUCCAGUACUGGAAUACCGAUAUCAAUGCGGCAGUCUGGGUGACUAUUCUCAUCAUCGUGUCUGUCGUGGUUGCCAUCUCAUUCAUUCGAGUCUAUGGUGAGGUCGAAUUUAUCUUUGCUAUCUUGAAGAUCCUUCUGGUCAUUUUCGUGGUCAUUCUGGGCCUCGUCAUUGAUCUGGGCGGAGUACCAGGCAAACCGCGCUUAGGAUUCCACUAUUGGAAAGACCCGGGCCCUUUUGUCGAAUACAUAUCCACCGGAUCCUGGGGCCGCUUUCUCGGUUUCUGGGCUGUCAUGACCAAUGCAGUGUACUCCUUCGCUGGCGUGGAGUCGUUGGCUAUGGCUGCUGCGGAGACGAAGAACCCGCGCCACAAUAUCCCGAAAGCCUGCAAACGAGUUUUUGCUCGAAUCAUUAUUUUUUACCUUGCUGCUGUCUUGGUUGUGGGUAUGCUGGUAUCUAGUGGGGACGAUCGCCUCACUGGCGAUGCUAUGACUGCCGCGCAAAGUCCUUUUGUUAUUGCUGCCGGUGAUGCGGGCAUUAAAGCUAUUCCUUCGAUUGUGAAUGCUAUAUGCCUUACAUCUGCUUGGUCAGCCUCCAACCAGAGUAUCCUUGCUGGAACCAGAACCCUUUACGGUCUUGCGAUCAAGGGUCACGCCCCUCAGAUCUUUCUUCGAACCACCAAGUGGGGUGUGCCGUAUAUGUGCGUCUUGUUGCAGGUUGCCUUUUCUUUCCUGGCAUACAUGUGCGUUUCCAACACCGCCUUGACCGUUUUCUUCUGGUUUGUCGAUUUGACCGCGGCCGGGACUUUGGUAUCUUGGAUUGCCAUUGCUCUGAAUCAUAUUCGUCUACUGCAAGCACUGAAGAAACAAGGAAUCUCGCCAGACCAGCUUCCUUGGCAUAACCGCAUUACUCGAUAUACUUCCUGGUUCGCCCUGAUUUCGUGCGUUAUCAUCCUAUUGACGGGUGGCUUUACCGUAUUCACAAAAGGAAAAUGGGAUCCAGCAUCAUUUGUAUCAUCAUACCUCGAUAUCCCGCUUGUUCUGUUUGCGUAUGGAGGCUACAAGCUGGCCCGCCGGACUAAGGUAACACCCUUAGAAGCCGUUCCCAUCAGGCAGGCCCUGGAAGAGGCCGAGAAUGACCCUGAAAAUGUGCCAAUCGUGAAAGGAAAUAGCAUAUGGUCGAAGCUGAAUAUAUUGUGGGGAUAG